UCCGAGGUGAGACUGCGGGCUGUGGCCGAGGCCCGGCCUAUUGUCCCGCCCGACGGGGCCGCCCAUUGUCCCGUGACGCUUACGUCGCCCUCAGCGCGGAGAGGGAGGGGCGGCCCGCGCCGCCGCCGGAGUCGCCGCCAUGGACCUAGGACCUUUGAAUAUCUGUGAGGAAAUGACUAUCUUGCACGGGGGCUUCUUGCUGGCGGAGCAGCUGUUCCGCCCCAAAGCACUGGCUGAAAUGACCAAGUCUGACUGGGAGCACGUUGGGCGGCCCAUUGUGGAGGCUCUGAGGGAGAUCUCCGCCACAGCCUGCUCCCAGCCCUUCGCCUGGAAGAAGAAAGCCCUGAUUAUCAUCUGGGCCAAGGUGCUACAGCCCUGCCCCAUCACCCCUUCCGACAUGGAAAACCGCUGGCAGGAAGAUGUAUUCUUCUCUGUGGGCAACAUGAUCCCCACCAUCAAUCACACGGUCCUCUUUGAGCUGCUCAAGUCGCUGGAGGCCUCUGGACUCUUUAUCCAGCUCCUGAUGGCCCUGCCCACCACUAUCUGCCGUGCGGAACUAGAGCGCUUUUUGGAGCACAUGACCGUCGACACUUCUUCCAAGGACGUGGCCUUCUUCCUAGACGUCUGGUGGGAAAUGAUGAAGCACAAGGGCAAUCAGCAGGACCCCCUGCUUUCCCAGUUCCGGACAAUGGCCCACAAGUACCUGUCCUCUGAGGACUUCUCCCACCCCCCAAAGAGGUUCAAGUCCGAUCCAGAUGUGUGUCCAACCAUGCCCCUGCUGGCCAUGCUGCUCACGGGGCUGAAACAAAUCCAGGACAGGAUCCUAUGUCCUGGGAUGAAGUGCUGCGCCUUAGCCAACUUGGCUGACAUGCUGACCGUGUUUGCGCUGAUGGAGGAGGACCCCCAGGAAGUGUCCGCGACCGUGUACCUGGACAAGCUGGCCACGGUGAUCUCUGUGUGGAACUCAGACACCCAGAACCCGUAUCACCAGCAGGCACUGGCAGAGAAGGUGAAGGAGGCGGAGCGGGACAUCAGCCUGACCUCCCUGGCCAGGCUGCCGAGCGAGACCGUCUUCGUGGGCUUUGAGUUCCUGCGCAGCCUGCUGCAGGAGUGGGGGGAGGAGCUGCAGGCCUUGCUCAACAGCAGCCAGGGGACCAGCUACGACAGCUUCCGGCUCUGCGACAGCCUGACCUCCUUCAGCCAGAACCUGAAGCUCUACCUGGAUACCACCAGCCUGGCCAAGGAGGAGAGGCAGGUGGUCUCUGAGCUGGCAGAGUGCGUGGGGGACUUCCUGAGGAAGACGAACAGGGUGGUGAGGAGCACGGGCGGUGGGCAGGACAUCGCCGCCUCCAUCGCCAUGGCCAUCAUCGAGCAGAAGAUGGACCGCCACGUGGAGAUGUGCUCCAUCUUCGCCUCCGAGAGGAGGUGGGCCUUCUCAGACAAGUGGCUGUCCUGCCUGCUCGACAACCGGGCUCUCUUCCGAGAGCCGGGCCUGGUGUUAAAGCUACUGGAGACGGUGAUGGAAGUCGGCACGAUAGAUAGGGCCGUCUCCAAACCUCAGAUCAAACAGGUGGUCGACUUGAUCCUGGAGUGUUACACACACCUCUCGCUGCCAGAUAAAAAUAAAGUCCUCUCGGGGGUCCUGCGCUCUUGGGGGCGCAAGGGCCUCUCUGAGAAAUUGUUAGCUCACUUGGAGGGCUUUCAGGAGGACCUCAACACGACUUUCAACCAGCUCACACAGAGCACCUCUGAACAGGGCUUGGCUAAGGCUGUUGCUUCCGUGGCCCGCCUGGUCAUCCUGCACCCGGAGAUCACGGUGAAGAAGGUGUGCAGCAUGGCUGUGGUCAACCUCGGCACCCACAAGUUCCUGGCUCAGAUUCUCACUGCCUUCCCCGCCCUCCGGUUCACGGAAGAGCAGGGGCCAGGCCACUCCACCACAUUCGUGGUGUCCUGCCUCAAAGAGACAGUCUGGGCCAAACUCUCGACACCCCGGGAGGAGAAGCAGUUUCUGGAGCUCCUGAGCUGCCUGGUGAGUCCUAUAAAGCCCCAAGGGAUUCCAGUCGCUGCUCUGCUCGAGCCGGAUGAGGUACUAAAGGAGUUUGUCCUGCCUUUCUUGAUGCUGGAGGUCAAAGAGGUGGACCUCAGUCUGAGGAUCUUCGUCCAGACUCUGGAAGGGAGCACAAACCUGGAGGAAUACUGGCUGCAGUCCUGCUCUCCGUUCCCGCUCAUCUUCAGCCUGUGCCAGCUCCUUGAUGGCUUCAGCAAAUACUGGCAGCUCCCCAAGGAGAAGCGCUGUCUCCCCCUGGACGGAAAGGACCUGGCCAUCCACAUCCUGGAGCUCCUCUGUGAGGUGGUCUCAGCUAAUGCCGACACCUUCUCCCCGGACACCUGGGUCAAGUCCCUGUCCUGGCUCCACCGGAAGCUGGAGCAACUAGAUUGGACUGUGGGCCUGAGACUGAAGAGCUUCUUUGAGGGCCACUUCAAGUGUGAGGUGCCAGCCACGCUCUUUGAGAUCUGUAAGCUUUCUGAGGAUGAGUGGACCUCCCAGGCCCACCCCGGGUAUGGGCCCGGCACAGGCCUCCUGGCCUGGAUGGAGUGCUCCAUCUCCAGCAGCAUCUCCGAGCAGAUGCUCGCCCUCCUGGUGGUGGAUGUGGGCAACCCUGAGGAGGUCAGGUUGUUCAGCAAGGGCUUCCUGGUGGCCCUGGUGCAGGUCAUGCCAUGGUGCAGCCCCCAGGAAUGGCAGUGCCUUCACCAGCUGAUCCGGAGACUGUUGGAGAAGCAACUCCUGCACGUCCCUUACAGCCUGGAGUAUAUACAGUUCGUUCCUCUGCUCAACCUGAAGCCCUUUGCCCAGGAGCUCCAGCUCUCUGUACUCUUGCUUAGAGCUUUUCAGUUUCUCUGCAGCCAGAGCUGCCGUAACUGGCUCCCCGUGGAGGGCUGGAGCCAUGUGGUCAAGCUCCUCUGCAACAGUCUGACCAAUCUCCUGGAUUCCGUUCGGUUGAUACAGUCGGUUGGCCCUUGGGCUCAAGGACAAGAGCAGGACCUGACCCAGGAAACCCUGUUUUUCUAUACCCAGGUGUUCUGUCAUGUUCUGCACAUCAUGGCCAUGGUCCACCAGGAGGUCUGUGAACCUCUCUAUGUCUUGGCCUUGGAGAUCCUCACCUGCUACGAAACACUGAGCAAGACCAACCCUUCCGUCAGCUCCUUGCUCCAGAAAGCAAACGAGCAGCGCUUCUUAAAGUCCAUUGCCGAGAACAUCAGCCCCGAGGAGCGGCGCCAAACCCUCCUGCAGAAGAUCAGCAACUUCUGACCUCCGUGGGUCAGAAAACAGCCGGGCCUCCACUUGGCGGGCUCGAUGGGGACUGGAGCAGAGAAGCAGAAACUUUUCAGUCAUGUGGAAUUGUACACAAGCCCCCAAAUAAGACAAUAACAGUGUAAAAAAAAUAGUUUCUUAGGUAUUUGUAACAAACAGGUUAUAAUAAAAUUCUCUUAUGAGUUUCA